AUGGUUGCCUCAAAUCUUGCGCUUCGUGCGAGGUUUGCUCGAGUUGUACUUCAAUCAAGAAGUUCAUCCCUGAGAAGCUCAAACCUCACACGACCAUGGAGUUCUGGCCAAUACUUAAGUUCUGCCACCGUUUUGAAACCAAUUGGGCGACGUACUUACUACCAGAGCUCUGCGAAAGAUGAGAUGAUCAAUUCGCCUUCGAAUUUGAAUUCUAAGGGAACAUAUGAUCCUUUAGAUACCUUCGCGCGCCGACAUAUUGGCCCCGGUCCAGAAUGUACAGAACAGAUGCUGAAAGCUUUGGAUCCGCCAGUAAAGAGCUUAGACGAGUUCAUCGAGCAAGUUCUACCACGCGACAUUCUCUCUUCGAAAGAUCUCAAAAUCGACGCGGAAUCCGAAUCUUCACAGGAAGGGUUUACGGAAUCUCAGUUGCUCGCGAGACUGAAGUCAAUUGCUUCCGAAAAUACAAUCAUGCGAAGUUAUAUUGGAUGUGGAUAUGCUGGUACACGAGUACCUGAAGUUAUCAAGAGAAAUGUGUUAGAAAGUCCAGGAUGGUAUACAAGUUACACGCCAUAUCAACCUGAGAUCAGUCAAGGACGAUUGGAAUCACUUUUGAACUUCCAAACAAUUGUCUCCGAUUUGACAGCACUGCCAAUCUCCAAUGCGUCGCUACUCGAUGAAUCUACCGCAGCUGCCGAAGCUAUGACUCUGUCAAUGAAUGCCCUUCCACUUGCAAGGCAGAAGAGCAAGAAUAAGACAUUUUUUGUCAGCCACCUAGUUCAUCCCCAGACACUGUCAGUCUUACAGAGCAGAGCAGAUGGAUUUGAUAUCAAAAUUGAAAUUGGAGAUAUUCUCGCAAAUGGUGAGGCUCGCCUCAAGGAGCUUGGAAAUGAUCUCAUUGGAGCUUUGGUACAAUAUCCGGAUACUGAAGGUGGCGUAGAAGAUUUCCGUAGUCUGGCAGAUGUCAUCCACGCUCAAGGUGCAACUUUUAGCGUCGCCACUGAUCUUUUGGCGCUGACUGUUCUCACACCACCUGGUGAAUUCGGUGCGGAUAUUGCUUUUGGAAACUCUCAGCGUUUUGGAGUUCCAUUUGGUUAUGGUGGCCCGCAUGCUGCUUUCUUUGCUGUUAGCGACAAGUAUAAGAGAAAGAUUCCAGGGCGUCUCAUUGGUGUAUCAAAAGAUAGGCUUGGGGACAAGGCAAUGAGGUUGGCUUUACAAACUAGAGAACAGCAUAUUCGCAGAGAAAAGGCUACUAGUAAUGUAUGCACUGCCCAGGCAUUGUUGGCCAACAUGAGUGCAUUCUAUGCAGUCUACCAUGGGCCAGAAGGACUGAAGGCCAUAGCCGAGAGAGCUAUUAAAGGAGCUCGAUUUAUCCAGGAUGGACUUAAGGAUCUCGGCUUUGAGACCAACUCCAGAGGAACGGGGUCCGAUGGAAAAGUUCUUUUCGAUACGGUUGUGGUAAAUGUUGGGCAGGGCAAAUCUGAUGAAGUUCUUAGCUAUGCUAUUGAGAGUUUCAAGAUCAAUCUAAGAAAGUUUGAUGAUAGCCGACUUGGCGUCACCAUUGAUGAAACCAUCGACAUCAAGGACCUCAGAGAUAUUAUAUCUGUAUUCAAGAAGUUUUCCAGGACGGGAUCAGGAUCUGUCGAGAAAUCCACGGAGUUACAAACGUCUUUUAAUAGCUCAAUCCCGGCAGCACUAAAGAGAUCAUCCCAAUACCUCACGCAUCCAGUCUUCAACAUCCACCAUUCCGAGACCGAAAUUCUCCGGUACAUUCAUCACCUCCAAUCGAAGGAUCUUUCCCUCACACACUCUAUGAUACCGCUGGGUUCCUGCACAAUGAAGCUCAAUGCUACCACUGAGAUGGCUCCUGUCACAUGGCCAGAAUUCUCUUCCAUUCAUCCUUUUGUUCCUGUUGAUCAGGCAACUGGUUAUAAGAUUAUGAUUGAUGAGCUUGAAGCUGAUCUGGCUACCAUUACUGGAUUUGAUGCAGUAUCCCUGCAACCAAAUUCGGGCGCACAAGGAGAAUUUACCGGCUUACGUGUAAUUCGCAAGUAUCAAGAGCUACAGCCCGGUAAGAAACGUGAUAUCUGCUUGAUUCCUGUUUCUGCUCAUGGUACCAACCCUGCAUCAGCUGCUAUGGCAGGUAUGCGUGUUGUCACCGUAAAAUGUGACAUCAAGUCUGGUAACCUCGACAUGGCAGAUCUCAAAGCGAAAUGUGAGAAGUAUAGCGAGGAACUUGGAGCUAUUAUGAUCACAUAUCCUAGUACUUUUGGUGUGUUCGAACCAGAAAUCAGGGCUGCAUGUGAAGUUGUUCAUCAGCAUGGUGGUCAAGUAUACAUGGAUGGCGCCAACAUGAAUGCUCAGAUCGGAUUGUGUUCACCUGGUGAGAUAGGUGCCGAUGUAUGCCAUCUUAACCUCCACAAGACAUUUUGUAUUCCUCAUGGAGGAGGUGGACCCGGUGUCGGUCCUAUUGGUGUUAAAUCUCAUCUGGCACCGUUCCUUCCUGGCCACCCAUUGAUAAAGACUGGCGGUGAAAACGCUAUUGCUCCAGUCAGCGCUGCUCCUUUCGGAAGUGCAAGUAUUUUGCCAAUUAGUUGGGCUUAUGUGAAGAUGAUGGGUGGCAGAGGAUUAACUCAUGCUACCAAGAUCACUCUCUUGAACGCCAACUACAUCAUGUCUCGCCUCCGACCUCAUUACCCAAUUCUGUAUACCAAUGCUAAUUCUCGAUGUGCUCACGAGUUCAUUCUUGAUGUCCGUGGCUUCAAAGAGUCUGCAGGAGUUGAGGCUAUCGAUAUUGCCAAACGUCUUCAGGAUUAUGGCUUCCAUGCACCAACCAUGAGUUGGCCAGUUGCUAAUACCCUGAUGAUUGAGCCUACAGAGUCAGAAAGCAAGGAAGAACUUGAUCGUUUCAUUGAUGCAUUGAUAUCGAUUCGAAAGGAAAUUCGAGCCGUGGAGAGCGGCACCAUCCCUAAGACAGGAAACGUCUUGAAGAAUUCGCCACACACUCAGAAGGAUCUUCUUAUUGGAGAAUGGGAUCGUCCAUACACUCGAGAGCAGGCCGCAUACCCUUUGCCUUAUCUCAAAGAGAAGAAAUUCUGGCCAUCUGUCACCAGACUUGAUGAUGCAUACGGCGAUGUAAACCUCUUCUGUACAUGCGGACCCGUCGAAACCGUUGAUGAUGCUGAAAACGACAUCACUGGUAUUUCUGCACCACAACCCACAUAA